GAGCUGAACAUGUGAGUGUUUGCAGUAAAAAUAUCUCCAGUCUGGAUUCAACACGAGGUUUUAAACGAGCUGCUGCUGAAGAAACAUUCACAGAGUUUAAAUAAAUCUUCAAGUCUGAGGAGGAGAUGGAUGAUCAGAUACUGGUUUUUACCCGGACACCUCAAAUCAUCUUAUAUCGAAUAGACCACCUACUGGAUCGGCUUUGGAAAGAAGAGGUUUGCUCUGACCAGCAGCUCUGUAAACCUGAGACAGGUCCCAGUUUGGACCAGGAGGAACCAGAACCUCUGCAGCUGAAAGACAAGCAGCAAAAGCCAGAACAUCCCUGGACUAAAGAGGAACCAUUGGAGCUCUGCAUAGGUGAACAUAAAGAGCAUCUUGAGCUGAAGCAGGAGACUGAAGAUUCAUUAAUGUUGACUCCUAAUCAUGAAGAAAAGAACCACAUUCAACCAGAACCAGUCAGUAACCAAGUGCUCUCUCAGAUCUUUAAAAAAGAUUCCUUUAUUCCAAAGAAAAACUUGACUCAAGACUUGAAAAGUCACACAGGUGAGAAACGUUUUCCGUGUCGGACAUGUGGAAAAAGUUUUUGUAAAAAAAGAGAUUUAACAGAUCACAUGAGGAUUCAUUCAGGUGAGAGACCUUUCAAAUGUUGGCUCUGUAGAAACAGUUUCACUACAAAAGUUGUUCUGGACUCUCAUGUCAGAACCCACACAGGGGUGAAGCGAUUUUCUUGUGCCAUUUGUGGCAAAGGUUUUAGUCGAAAUUAUACUAUGAAUUAUCACAUGAGGCGCCACAAAAAUGAAAGGCCUUUUCCCUGGAAUACCUGUGAGAAAACGUACACAUCAAAAGAUCAAUUGAGCGAUAAUACAGUUGAGAAUCCCUUUUUGUGUGGGAUCUGUGGAAAAGCUUUCCAAGAAAGCAAUAGCUUAAGAACUCACCUGAUGACUCACACAAAAGGGACACCGUUUCAGUGCAGAACAUGUGGAAAAAGUUACAAAGAAAAAGUACAUUUCACAAUUCACAUGAAAACUCAUACAGAUGGGAAGCUUUGUUCUUUCUGUGGAAAAACUUUCACAACCAAGUCUAAUUUUGAAAGACACGUCAGAAUUCACACUAGUGAGAAGCCUUUCUCUUGUACAAUUUGUGGCAAAGGCUUUAUUCAAAAAGAGCAUUUGGCUUAUCACAUGACGCAUCACACAGAUGAUAGGCCUUUUCCCUGUGAUAUCUGUGAAAAAUCUUUUAAAAGAAAGGAUGCAUUGAAAAGACACAUGAGAAUUCACACAGGUGAGAAACCCUUUUUGUGCAAGUCCUGUGGAAGAGCAUUCAUCCACCAUAACAGCUUUAAAGCUCAUUUACUAACUCACAAAUGAGAACCCUUUACAUUGUGUGAUGUGUGGAUAAGGUUAUGAGAAAAACAUAUUGAUGCUUGGCAUGAGGCACAAAUGCUUAGGGGCAUUUGUCAGAAUGUUUCUCUUUAUUUGGUGGUAGAAAAUGAAGUCAAAGACAACAGAUUUUAGGUGAUAUUAAAAUCCAAGUAUAAAGGAUAAUAAAUGAAUGAAUAAUAAAGAAGUAUGACUCAUGCCAUGGUGUCCUGUUAAUGCAGUACUUGUUUCUGUGCAGUUUUCACAUGCUAUCUCAACCAGAUUUUAUCACAAAGCUCUAUUUAGCACCAAGCUAACUGUCAUAACAAAACCAUGACAAUCUUGAUCAUAAACAAUGGUGUCAGGACUUUUCAUUUUGAUGACAUUGACUUGCUUUUAAUUGUUAGCAAGUCGCUCACUCCUACAGGUUAUCAACUGUGUUUUGUAUUUAUUCUUUUAAGAAAUGCAGUAGUUUUUGUGCUAAUGUUAAUGUAUGAAAUGCACAAAAGUGACAGGAAAAACUGUAAAACUAAAAAUCCUCAGGCUUCUCACUAGUUUAUAAGUUAUUUUAGACUAAUAGACUGCUUUUCAAAAUUAAACAUCUUUGUCAGAUGACAGAAUUAAGAUUGCAGAUAGAUACAAUAGUAAAAGUGUAUGUAAAACUUGAUGCAUUUGACUGCUUUGUUAAUAUCUACAUUGAUUUAAAAUAAUAAAAUUAAAGAAGAAACAUUUUUGUUUAAUAUAUUUCCAGAAAAUAAAGCAGAGUUAAGCUACAGGUACCAUCAAUUUUGUCCAGACCUGUUUCAUUAAUUAGUUUUUUCAAAUGAUUCUGUUGAUCCACAAUUCAAAAGCAAUAUCUAGUUUUCAUUUAUUCAUUUUCAAUAAAUUUUUAUUUAUCAUUUCUGUUGUCCAUUUCAACUUAUUUCAGCUUUCCAGUUAUAAACAGAAGGUAGAUAACCAAGAAUGUUAUCUACAAUUAAUUUAUGAAACAGAUGAUUUUUGUUACUGGAUGUGAGAGAAAUAAAAUCUGGGUUAAGAAAAAGUUGAAACCAGAAGUUUACAUACACUAAGUAAAAACAAAACGUUUCUUGUCAUUGAAGUUAAAUAAAACCUAACUUCUCUUGUUUUAGGUCAGAAUUAUCAAACAAAUUUGAGUACUGUGGAGAUGAGGGGACAAUAUAUCAUCUUAUAUAACACUGUUAGAAACAAAGAAUUGAUCUAAACAGAAUUAUAAUAAAACGUAUUUACUUUAAAAUGAUUCAAAACGUUUUCUGGCAAUAUUUGAUUAUCUUCGAUCAAAGUGACGUUGCUGUUCACCCUCCAGACCAUUCGGUGGCUCUAAUUAUCUCAUUCGUUGUUUCUCAACCGCCAAUAAAUACCGAGAAGAAGAAGAAUGUUGCUGUACACUCUUGUAAGGUAGAUGGCGAUAUUCACUUUGAAAUCCGCUAUAAUAUAAAAGAAGAAGAAGAAGAAUGUGUUGCUAGUAGCGUUAGCUUCUCUUCUACUUGAAGUCAUUGUGGAGAGUCUGAUCAUCUGUUGGCUGAAUAUGUGAGUGUUUGCAGUAAACAUGUCUUCAGUGCAGCUUCAAUGAAAGAUUAUCAACGAGCAGUUAACUCCUGCUGAAGAAAGAUUCAGAGUUUAAAGGGAUAUUCAAGACCGAGAAAGAGAUGGAUGAUCAGCGCAGACUGCUGGAUUUCUCCCGGAGGCCCCAGAUAAUCUUACACCGAAUAGAUUCCCUGAAGUGUAACGUUUAUAACCUGGAGAGGAGAUCCACUCCGGACCAGGAGGAGUUAGAACCUCUGCAGGUGAAACAAGAACAGGAAGUGCCUGAAAAUCAUCAGAUAAAAGUGGAAGAGAAAGAAGUUUACUGCAGUCAGGGUGAAGAACAGAUUGAAUUAAAACAGGAGACUGAUACCUGCAUGUUGGUUCCUGUUGAUGAGCAAACAGACCACAGUGAAUCAGAACCAAACAGGAACCAAGUCAUCUUCCAGGAAGCUGCUGAAGCUGAGAACCAAAAUCAGGAAAGAAGAAAACCUUUCUCAUGUGACAUCUGUAAGAAGCGUUUGACUUCAAAAUCUGUUUUUGAUGCUCACAUGAGAACUCAUACGGGUCAAAAGCCGUUUUCAUGUGUGAACUGUGGAAAAUGUUUUAGUCAAAAACAGCAUUUAACUCGGCACAUGAUGAUUCACACUGGUGAAAAGCCGUUUUCAUGUGUGAACUGUGGAAAAAGUUUUAGUGAAAAACGGAAUUUAACUAAGCAUAUGAUGAUUCACACUGGUGAAAAGCCGUUUUCCUGUGUGAACUGUGGAAAAAGUUUUAGUGAAAAACAGAAUUUAACUAAGCACAUGAUGACUCACACUGGUGAAAAGCCGUAUUCAUGUGUGAAUUGUGGAAAAGGUUUUAGUCGAAAACUUAGUUUAACUGAGCACAUGAUGAUUCACACUGGUGAAAAGCCGUUUUCAUGUGUGAACUGUGGAAAAAGUUUUAGUCAAAAACAGAAUUUAACUCAGCACAUGAAGACUCACACUGGUGAAAAGCCGUUUUCAUGUGUGAAUUGUGGAAAAAGUUUUAGUCUAAAACAGCAUUUAACUCAGCACAUGAUGAUUCACACUGUUGAAAAGCAGUAGAAGUAUUUUCCAUACAUGUUCUAUGUUGAGGUUCACUAUAGAACUGAUUUGGUUUAAAACUAGAAUGAAAGACUGGAGGGGUUUCAUGUCUAUAAAGCUGAAAAUUGUUGUAUUUGUUAAAUGUGAUCAUUUGGAUACUUGUAGAUGUGCAACCAUGACACAUUUUCCUUCAGAGAUGCUUUCUUGUUCUUUUUGGUAUAUUCUGUAUCAAUAAACAAUAAUGAUAAACUGUAUGUUAUUGUAUUAACUUACUGUUUGUGUCAAACUGUAUGUUGUGUGUGUACAACAUGAAGAGCAGAGGGCUCAGCACACAGCCCUGAGGAGUGCCAAUACUGAUGCUGAUAGAUGAAGAGGCUUGAGGGCCCACUGACUAUUUCAUGCAUUAACAGAGUCUGACUGGACAUGGACUCCCUUCCAGAACAUUCUCACAUGAUUGGACUUGAGGGAUUGAUUUGUAUUAUUCUGUACCAUAGAGAGUGAGUGGGGUUUAUUUUUGUAGUUUUUUAAAUCAACAAUAGAAUGUACAGAAUUGAGUAUUUUCAAAACAUCUGCAAAAAAAGUAUUUGUGAUAGUUUUGUCUUUAAAGUAAAAUGAGUUUUCUUUCAAAUUAUUGUAACCAGUUUUACUCUACCUAAUUAAAAUCUUUUCAAAUGAAAGAAAACUCAUUUGUACUUUAAAGAAAAUGCAAGAUUCACCACAAACUAAUUUUCAUGCAUUGAUUGCACAAAGUACAUGUGAUUAUUUUUAAUACUUUGCUUUUUUUCUCUAGUUUUAGCUGUAAUAUUUUGCUCUUUUUUGCUGCAUGCAUUUAUGUUGAAACAAUUUUUAUGUGUAUUUAUAUAUGUAUUUUAGAAAGAAGUUAAAGUGUAACAUUUCAUUGAAGAUUAAAAGUUUUGAGUUUUC